AUAGAUAGGUACCUACAUAAUUAUAAAGCAUAAAGUUUAAGUAUCUAUGUAAAUAUUUUUAUAUUUGAUAACUUUUAUCCAUUAUAAAAAUAACUGUAGUUACUCAAACAACAUGAUUAAGGGUGCUGUAAGUUUGGUGACAGGUGGUGCUUCCGGGUUAGGGAAAGCCACUGUGGAAAGAUUGGUUCAACAAGGUUCAAGAGUGGUUUUAUGCGAUUUAAAAACUUCCAAAGGAUCAGAGGUUGCUAAAGAAAUAGGAGAGGACAAAGUUAUAUUUGCCCCAGUAAAUGUUACAAUUGAAACUGAUGUACAAGAAGCUUUAAAAUUAUGCAAAGAUAAAUUCGGCCAACUUAAUAAUGUAGUGAACUGUGCCGGUAUAGGUACUUCAGGUAAAACUUACAAUUUCAAAAAAGAUGCUCCUCAUUCCCUGGAAGAUUUUACCAAAGUUUUAACUAUAAAUACUAUAGGCACGUUCAAUGUGAUAAGACUAUCAGUAGGAUUGAUAGGGAAAAAUGAAGGUGAUAAAAAUGGUUGUAGAGGAGUGGUGGUGAAUACCGCCAGUAUUAUGGCCUAUGAUGGUCAAAAAGGACUGGCAGCUUAUGCUGCCAGUAAAGCUGCUCUUGUUGGGAUGACCCUACCCCUAGCCAGGGACUUGGCCAGUCAGGGAAUCAGAGUUGUGACAAUUGCACCUGGUGCUUUUGGGACACCAAUGCUACAAACCGUGCCAGAAGCAAUGCUCAAUGUUGUGGGAAAAAUCGUUCCCUUUCCUCACAGACUUGGAGAUCCUUGCGAGUUUGCCCAAUUUGUUCAAAGUGCCAUAGAAAAUCCAAUGUUAAACGGUGAAACGAUCAGAUUGGACGGCGCGUUAAGAAUGUAAUAUUUAAAAAAAUAAAAAUACCGGAA